UUAUCCAAACCUAUGUGCGGGAAUGGGUUCCGGUGUGGGCAUUUGGUACCCAGUGGCAACCCUCUCUUCCGGUCCCGGACGAACAGAUCAACCAGGCACCAACGCCUAAUCUCGCGACAAGUAGAAAUGGGCGAAGCCGGAAGCAGCUAGUAGCGCGAGACGAACGGAGCCCCGAAUCCAAACCCUAGCACCAGGGGGAAGACAGUGCACGAACCCGGCGAUCCCGACCCUCCAAAACCCUAGCCAGGCGGCCGCCGCGGCCGGAUGUCGGACUUGGCGUCGAUGGCGGCCGCCAUCGAGGCGCGCUUCAGCAACCGCGACCUCAUCGGCCGCGGCUCCUUUGGCGACGUCUACAAAGGGUUUGACAAGGAACUGAAUAAGGAGGUUGCAAUAAAAGUUAUUGAUCUGGAAGAAGCUGAGGAUGACAUUGAAGACAUUCAAAAGGAGAUAUCUGUUUUGUCACAAUGCCGGUGCCCAUAUAUAACUGACUAUUAUGGCUCGUAUCUUCAUCAGACAAAACUAUGGAUAGUAAUGGAAUACAUGGCUGGUGGUUCUGUUGCUGACCUUCUCCAAGCUGGCCCUCCCCUGGAUGAAAUGUCUAUCGCAUGCAUUCUGAGGGACUUAUUACAUGCAAUCGAAUAUCUGCAUUCUGAAGGAAAGAUUCACCGUGAUAUUAAAGCUGCAAAUAUCCUCCUGACCGAAAGCGGAGAUGUGAAGGUUGCAGAUUUUGGCGUUUCGGCACAGCUGACUAAAACAAUGUCUAGGAGAAAGACAUUCGUUGGAACUCCCUUUUGGAUGGCACCUGAGGUUAUUCAGAAUUCUGAUGGGUACAACGAGAAGGCGGAUAUCUGGUCUUUAGGUAUAACUGCUAUAGAGAUGGCAAAAGGUGAACCCCCUUUGGCAGAUAUUCAUCCCAUGAGAGUUCUUUUCAUGAUACCUCGUGAAAAUCCACCUCAGCUUGAUGAGCAUUUCUCUAAACCCAUGAAAGAGUUUGUGUCACUGUGUUUAAGGAAGAAUCCAGCAGAGAGGCCUAGUGCUAAGGAGCUUCUUAAGCAUCGUUUUAUAAGAAAUGCCAGAAAAACUCCAAAGCUUCUGGAGAGAAUAAGAGAGAAGCCAAAAUUUGCUGUAAAAGACACCAUGGAUGCCACACAAAAUGGCCGAACACAUAUUGAAGAAGAUGAUGUCGGUACAUGUACUAUCAAGGUUGAUAUGGCAAAGGAUGCAGCUCGGACUUCGAGUCAAGGAACAGUCAGGGAAGCUGUUGGCUGGGAUUUCCCUGAUAGAUCAGAGGGCACAGGAACUGUUCGAGUUGGAUCAAGGCCACCUCAAAUUACCUCCACCAAGGAUGGUAGAUUCGAUAUGCUUCAUAGUCCAAAUACACCAGCUAGUACAGCUGAUCCAGAAAAUCAGUGGAGGACAUCAUGGACUGGAUCUGAAGAAUCACUCUCAUCAAGCUUGUCUCAGAGAGAUGCACAGAGUGAACGUGGGAGGCUAGAAAGUUCUACAGAAGAUAAUGAUCAAUCGGUAAGUGGGCUGGGAACGGUUGUAUUGCGCUCUCCAAGAGCAUCUCAGUUGCACUCAGCAGCUACCAACCACAGUUCUAAGCCUCCCAGCGGAUUCUCCUUGUAUGAAGAUAUGUCUUCCAGUGGGACAGUUGUUCGGAGUCAAAGUGAAGAACCAGAAACUCCAAGAUCUUCAAGGUCAAGGUUGGGGAUCCAAGAUAAGACAUCAAGUGCUUCACUUGAGGAUAGUGCUAUUAACCUUGCAGAGGCAAAGGCUGCUCUGCAGGCUGGGUUUAGAAAGGGAAAUGCUCGAGAAAGACCUGUUAUCAACAGGCAUGAAAAUGAAUCACAUGAGCAUAGAUUUUCUGGAGUAAAUAGUCAAGAGGUCCAAAGUGAGAAUUUUGACAUGCAAAAAGGUCGCAAAUCACGGCAGUUACCUGAUGGGCAACCAGCUCCUCGAGCUUCUAGUUCUGUAGCUUCACCUGCAAUCUCAUCGUUGAUAAUCCCUUCUCUGAAAGAGGCUACUGGUGACAAGUUUGAACGACCUGCUGUUCAUGCAUUCCUUGAUUCCUUGAUGGAUAUAGAACAUGAGUUACCUGGAUCAUGCGAGGUACUGAUUGGCAGAUUGAUACACCGUCUAGGAAGCUCAAAGGAUUCCUCGUUGCAAGGUCUUCAGGAUACAGCAGUUUCAAUUUUCACAAAGAAACCUGAACUUUCCUUGGAACCAGCAAGCAACAAGACAUUAGCUAAUACGCAGCCAUUGGCUGCUCCUACCGUAAGCCCGUUGGCGAGGUUCCUUCUUACAAGGUGGCAAAACCAAGUUUCGCAAGAUCUUAACUCCGUUUGAUCCAGCCAAUACAAAAAAGGAAGAGAGAUUCCAUUUUUGAUUCAGUGUAUAAUUAAUUUUUGAGUGUACAUAACGCUAUCGUUAGAUAUCUCUUUUUUGCUAGAUGAUCUCAGCGGCUUAUGCUGCCAUAUGUUAUUUCAUUUUUUCUGUUAAUCGUGAAUAACACAUUUCCUCCUCAUUUUGUAAUGUAACUCACUGCAACAACAGCAUGUAUAACAUCUCAAGAACAUUGUCAACGUACCAAAUAUUAUCAGUUAUCAGUUUUGUUAACCUUU